AUGUAUUUAAAUAUUGAGCUAAUGCUAAACUAAUUAAAUAAGUAAAUAAAUUAAUUAAUUAAUCGAAAAUAUAUUUCUUCAGUUUUCAUAUUUUGUUUUGGGUAUUCCAUAUAUAAUAAUAUAGAAGUCUUUAUAAUUUCAUUAGAUUAAAUUCUUGAAAGAGUUGUAUGCAAUACAUAUUCCAAAUAAUAAAUGAAUUUUAAUGAAUAAUUAGCUUAAAUUCAUUAUUUUAUUUCUAAUUUUUAUUAUAGUUUUAAUAAUUUCUCAUAUUUGUUAAGUAGUUGUUGUGGCUAUAUUUCAAUUAAUACAAGCUUUUUAAAAUUCUUUUGUGCUUUUUUUGCCCUUUUUUUCUCAAUCUUUAGUGAAAUACUUCACAAUCAAGGCAGCAGUAGAAAUCAGUACAAAGAACCAGAACCAAGCUACAAAGUAAGCUCUAUUUUGUUGACCUUUGAAAAUUCCUAAGAAAUCCCAAUUAACUAUUUAACAUUAUUCAACCUAGCAGGUGAUAACAUUAGAGCCUUCUAAGGUUUAAAUUUAACAUUCAUUAAGGCAAUCUUGCAUGCAUUCAUCAGUAAUUAAUCUUUCACCUCCAAUCAAAGAUUUUGA